GGAGGAGGAGGAGGAGUGUGAGAGGUGGGAGGGGAGGGGUGGAGAGAAAGAGAAACUGGGUAAUUACGGGCAGCAGCGGAGUGGAGGAGGCCAUCCCGUGAACGAUGGACACCCCCGUGUAUGCGUGCAACUUCUGACAACCUGAAAGACUAUUUUCUGCGAGGCGAUUCAUUUAUUUUCUUUUCUUCUUCUUUUUUUUUUCUUUUUUGUUGCCAUUGUUGUCAUUUGUGCGGGAGGCAACAGCUUAGCGCCGGCUGAGGGAGGAGAUGCGGUAAUAUCAUGAGCGUAGCCGGCCAGGGAGAGAGAAAGAGAGACAGAGAGAGAGAGAGAGAGAGGAGGGGAGGGAGGGAGGGAGGGAGACAGAGGGAGCACGGGGAGGAGAGACGGGGGAGUCGGCUUCCACCAGCCAGCUGAGGAUGCUUGUUGUUUCUAGAAACAGGAUUAAUCACCGGGCCGAGCGCUGAUCCUCCUCCGGCGCACCGAGCGCGCCUCUCUCCGCCGCAGCUGUCCUGAGCGAGGGCGCGUUCCGGCUGUCUGGCCCGGUCUGCCCGAGGCUGUUUGCGUUUUAGAUGCUCUCCCCCCUCUUCCUCUAUUUCCUUAUGCAGGGCCGGGGAGGGGUGAGCCAAAGUGUGCACCGGAUAUUGGAAAACCCAUUCUUCUUGCUGAUGCUGUUGUGAUAAUAGAUGAUUAUCUGGACAACGCCGCAUCCGAACAGAGAGACACAUCCUGACCAAACGAGGCCUGGCUUGAGAAGAAAAGGGAAUGUAUGAGCUUGGAAGGGUUAUGAAAACAUUUUUGGACCGUAGCAGUAGCGAGGAGGGGGGUCCCUGAUAUCGAUCAGAGAAUGGAUUCAAUCAGGGCAUUCUGACUUGGGAUAUUUGAGACUCUGCUCUUACAGAAAUCAAUCUGUGGCAAAUGUAGCCUUCCUGUCCAGGUCUGAAUGAGAUCUUUCUUUUCUGCUCCACUUUUCGCCAGCUGCAUAAGCUAUAUAGGAUCGAUCAGCUUUAAACUACUGUUAUUUAUAGCAGGGGGUGGGUUUGACAUCUCCCAUCACUGGCACCGGUCAAACCUCACGCGUCCUCUUGUUUCUUAUCUUUUCUACCUUCCCUCUGAAUGAUGCUGCUUUCUGUGCUGUAGUAAAAGAGACACAAACCGAGACUGGGAAAUACUUUAUUCUAGGCCUUAGAGAGUGGAAACUGGGCCGGUUCUCACUCCAAGCACGGACCUGACCGCAUGACAAACAAGUGCAUGGGAGUAGCCUGCAGGGCCCGGCUUUAGAUCACGACCAGUCCUCCGUACCUCUCCUCUCCACCGCCGUACAGCCGCCUGUGAUGUGCGUUACGGCAUUACGCACGGAGCAGGAGCGACCGUUAUCUUGAUCUGCCUUAUAUCAAAAUUUCAUCUCGGGAAGGAUGAGCAGCAAGGAGCUGACGGUGGUCCAGUCCAACCAGUAUGUGGGGCCUUACCGGCUGGAGAAGACCCUCGGGAAGGGACAGACAGGACUGGUGAAGUUGGGUGUCCACUGUAUAACAGGGCAGAAGGUGGCCAUAAAGAUUGUCAACAGAGAGAAACUCUCCGAAUCAGUUCUAAUGAAGGUGGAGAGAGAAAUAGCUAUUCUUAAACUAAUAGAGCACCCUCACGUUCUGAAGCUGCAUGAUGUCUAUGAGAAUAACAAAUACCUGUACCUGGUGUUGGAGCAUGUGUCCGGCGGAGAGUUAUUUGACUACCUGGUGAAGAAGGGCAGGCUGACCCCCAAAGAGGCCAGGAAGUUCUUCAGACAAAUCAUCUCUGCCCUUGACUUCUGCCACAGUCACUCCAUAUGUCACAGAGACCUGAAGCCAGAAAAUCUUCUCCUGGAUGAGAAGAACAACAUCAGGAUAGCAGACUUCGGCAUGGCCUCGCUACAAGUCGGCGACAGCCUGUUGGAAACCAGUUGUGGAUCCCCACAUUAUGCUUGCCCAGAGGUCAUAAGGGGGGAGAAGUACGAUGGUCGCAGGGCAGAUGUUUGGAGUUGUGGAGUCAUCCUCUUUGCUCUUCUUGUGGGUGCCUUGCCCUUUGACCAUGAUAACCUGCGGCAGCUUCUAGAGAAAGUGAAGAGCGGGGUAUUCCACAUGCCCCACUUUAUACCUCCUGACUGCCAAGCUUUGCUUAAAGGAAUGAUAGAAGUCAAUGCUGACAAGAGACUCACGCUGGAAGCAAUACAGAAACACCCCUGGUACCAGGGUGGUCGUAAUGAGCCUUGCCCAGAGCAGCCGCCCCCUCGCCGGGUGUGUUUGAAGAGGAUCCUGUCCUUAACAGAGCUGGACCCUGACGUCCUGGAAAGCAUGUACUCCUUAGGGUGCUUCAGAGACCGGGUCAAACUCACACAGGACCUUACAAGUGAGGAGGAGAACCAGGAGAAGAUGAUCUACUACCUCCUGUUGGACAGGAAGGAGCGAUACCCCAGCUGUGAAGACGAGGAUCUACCACCCAGAAAUGACAUAGACCCACCCAGGAAGCGUGUGGACUCUCCCAUGCUGACACGUCAUGGCCGCUGUCGUCCAGAGAGGAAGAGCCUGGAGGUCCUCAGCGUCACAGAACAGGGGUCUCCCACCCCACCUCGCAGGGCCCUGGACACUAAUGCACACAGCCAGAGGUCUCGUUCAGUGAGCGGAGCGUCCACAGGUCUGUCCUCCAGUCCCCUCAGCAGUCCCAGGAGCCCGGUCUUCACUUUCAGCCACCCAGAAGUCACCCCCACCUCCGCUUCCUCCUCCAAAGACCCCAAACCAGGAAGUGCCACCACCUCUCGGCCUACCCGCCCAGCGCCUGACCCAAAAACCCAGACCCUGCCCUCAAAGGGCCCCACUGACCGGCCCCCGCUCCACUCCAUGAAGUCCCUCCCUCUCCAGACUCCACGCUCCCCUUCCCCGUCCCCCUCCCCACUCCUCUCCCCCAUCCCACGCUUCUUCAACUUCCCUUCUCCGUCUGUCUUCAAGUCCAAGAACGUCCACUCAUCCUCUAACACCUCUGCCACCCCUCCUCCUGUGUCGCAGGUCACGCCGCAGGGCUCACCGCUGCCCACCCCACUGGGCACACCUUUGCACCAAAUCCAACACCCUUCCUCCACCACCCCUCCCUCCUCUUCCUCCUCGUCUUCUUCCUCCAGAGCGGACGGAGCCGGCGGGGCCUCGCUGUCGCUGACCCCGCCCUCCAGCCCAGGCGGCAGUGGCGGUCUGGCCGCCUCAAGCUCCGGCCACUGGAGAACAAGGCUCAACUCGUUCAAAAACAACCUCCUGGGCUCGCCGCGCUUCCAUCGGCGCAAACUGCAAGUCCCCACAUCAGAGGACAUGUCCAGUUUGACUCCGGAGUCCAGUCCAGAACUGGCAAAGAGGUCCUGGUUCGGUAACUUCAUCAGCCUGGAGAAAGAGGAGCAGAUCUUUGUUUUGAUUCAAGACAAGCCGCUCAGCUCUAUCAAGGCUGACAUCGUCCAUGCCUUUCUCUCUAUCCCGUCCCUCAGCCACAGCGUGGUGUCUCAAAACAGUUUCCGGGCAGAGUACAAGUCCUCCGGCGGCCCCUCUGUCUUCCAGAAGCCUGUCAAGUUCCAAGUGGACAUUGCUUUCUCUGAGGGGGAGAGGGAGCGAGAGAGGGAACGAACAGAGAGGGAAGGAAGAAGAGAGAUGGGCAUCUACAGCGUCACCUUCACUCUAAUAACGGGUCCCAGUCGCAGGUUCAAGAGAGUGGUGGAAACCAUUCAGGCUCAGCUCCUGAGUAGUCACGAUCAGCCUUCUGUGCAGGCACUGGCUGAUGAGAAGAAUGGUCAGCUAUCACGCCAGCCCAGCACUCCUUCGCGUCAGAACUCCCGGCGUUCCGAAAGCGGAUCCGAGCGGGGAGAGAAGGAGCGCGCGGCAGACGGGGGGAGCGGAAGCGGGAGCAGCAGCGGGACCGUCUUACAAAGGCGAGGGUCGGGGAAAGACAAGACCAGACUCCUCUCGUCGUCCAACGGGACGCAGUCUCAUCCCUGAAAAGAAUGUUGUGGAAGAGAGGCGAGGGUCACCUGCCUGGCCUUUUUCUCUUCCUUCCCUCAAUCCUUCCCACAUUUUUUCUUUCACUAUUUCCUUCCUCCCUGCCUUGCUUCCUACCAUUAUUCCAAAGCAAUGGGGAGGGGGAAGUUUUUCCUUGAAGCUGAUCUAGGGAUAUGACGGAGAAUUCCCCACAAAUGGCUGAUUUUAGCAGAAAUGUAUAUUUGUGGGGAUGGCGGAGGCAGGUUGAGCUGAUCUCUAGUCAGCCUUCAAGGGCAGCUUCACCCCGGAGGGACGAGUCCGAAUACAGGCUGUCCAAAAAGUCCCACCUUACCAGAGAAAUACAGGAAAAGCUCACAGCCAGGGAAACACACAGUUCACCCGCUUCGACGAAUCAAGAAAGCACAUGACAUUCCCACCGACCAAUCACAAGCAACACGUAGUUCAACAGGAAACCUCCCAUCAGUCAGUCAGAAUGGCACAGGAAGAUACUGGCCAAUGACGGAGCCCCUUUAAGUCUUUCUCUUUUAUCAUUUUCUGACCAGCCACCUUUCACCUUUAUCAUCAUGUCUCCUCGACACCACCUGACCAAACAUGAUGAGUCACAUGACUGGAAGCCAGCUCUCCUCUCUUCUCCUCACUUUCUAAAUGAAGACAAAAUGUGUAUUCUCAAGCAAAGCACCAAAAUGAGGAUGUCAUUUGAGAAAGGUACAAGAAUAACGGGAAGAGUCUUGAUUUAGACUUCAUUGUUAAAGUGGAUUUUAUCUGUAGCAAACGUAAUGCUGUACUUUAACACUCAAAGAGUCUGAGAGCAGAAGAGAACAGACGAAGAAAUGACGGAGAAUGGAUCUGAUGUGGUCUACAUAAUGUAGCCCUACAGCUAGGUGAAUAUCAAAAUAGGACAGACAAGACGCAACCUUUCCUUGAGUGUAUGAGAGUCCCACAAUUAUUUCUGAAUUACACUAAUAAAGCUAUGAUACCGUAUUGCCUUUAACGGAGGAGAAAAAGUGGAUAGCCAGUUAGAUUUAGCCCCAUUUUGAGGACACUAGUCACACCACACGUAGAAUGUCUCACAAGUGAAAACUUCCACUGGAAGAGAGGGAGAUGAAUAGAUGGAUGGAGACAAAACAGAGGAUAGCUAGCAACAGGUAUCUAUUUGAUAGCAAAGUAAGGACAAAAGAAAAACUAGUAGCCAAAAACGUAAGCUAACAUAGAGGCGACAAUGAAAGUCAGUUCUGUUAAAUGAUAGGUGAGGAUUUUUUCUCAAGACAACAUUCAUAUGCCAUAUGUACAUUGAAAGAGUUAUUAAUUGCUGUAGUUUUUCCUCCUGUAGAUACCGGCCGUGAAGCAAUCCCUUCCAAGUACGACUCCACUGUGAAAGAUUAGCCGACGCUAAUAUGAGGGUUCAGCAGUCUCAGUUAGCCUAACUAACAUUUGCUAAACCCCUCCCCCAAACAGCAGUUGUCGAAUCAUAGCUUAGCAGCCAUAACUAAGCACGGCAGGCCUGUCAAACCUUGCAUUUCUCAACAUGCUGAAGUGGUGUGCAUAUAGGGCUGUAGUAGAAUGGAUACUCAGCUUUUUUUUGGUACGUUUAGCACAAUACCACGUAUAUAGCAAGCGCAUAUUACAGGUUCUCAUUUUAAACCGAGUCAGUCUGAGUCUGAGUUUUCUACCAGCUCGUGGAGCUAACAUUAGCUUUAUUAGCUAGCUAGCUACAGCUGAUUUGACGGUUGAUUGACAGUCGCCAGCUACAAAAUAAUAAGCCCGCCACUUGUUUACAAGUGAAACCAGAUACAAAAAAACUGUGUAUAGCUGCUUUUAAAUGAGCUGAAUCUAUAGUAUUAGCAUUAGUGUUAAUGGUGGAUUUUACCCAGAUAUAACUGCCAGCAACUCUGGCUUUGCUGCUAUGUUGCCAGCAAUCUGUUGACAUUUCUGUAGUUCUUUUAAGCAAGUGGGAGAUAUCGUUACUAUCAGAAAUUCCAGGCCAGGACAAAGAUACCCAUUUCAUUUGGCUAACUCAGACUGCUAAAUCCUCAUAUUAGCUUCAGCUGAAUUUUAGAAUUUUUUUUCACUGUGGAGUUUGUCUCCUAUCUCUUUUAAUGGAGUCACUUUAGGAAGGGAUCACUUCACGGCCAGUAUGGAGAGGAGGAAUGACUACAGCGACCAAUUACUCUUUCAAUGUAAAUAUGAAAUAUGGACAUGUGAAUAUUGUAUGAAAGACUUGAAAAAAGUCCAAACCUGUCCUUUAACUGAGAGGAGAAUUAAAUUCCAUGAAAUUACAGUAAUAGAAGAUGGAUGAUAAUACAAGAUGGAUGAUGAUGGAAAUGUGGAAUUAAAAUAAAGAGGCUGGUCAAACAGGACAACCAAGUGUUUAAGCUUUUUAGACCCACAAUUAGGCAACCGAAACCCUUCCUAUGUUCCUUUUUGUUUGCCAAUAGAUGCAGAAUGAUGCAGGGUGAUGCCAAAGCCCCAACUAAAGCCUCAGCCCUUUCUGCCUCUCUGAAAGGAGAGAUGGAGGGAGGACAGAGAGGUGGAGAUGAACAAAUAAUGUACUUUUCAUAAGAAGGAAAGCAAGGAAGAAAAAGGACUGGGGUGAGUCUAUUGUCAUAAAAACUCUGCGCACAUACUGCCUGGAGGGGGCGGGGUGGGGAAAAAUGAAGCCACACAUUAAGAAUGAAAUUUUGCUUGUUUUAUUAUUUUUUACUUUCUACUCUGCUCUGGUCUUUCUCUCUGUGUGUGUGUGUGUGUGUGUGCGUGUGUGUGUGUGUUUUUAAAAAAUAUUUACGUGUUUGCCACCAGCAAAAUAGAGUGCGGCGCUAACCAUGUGAAUGUCAAAAACUUUUUUGAAAUGAUUUCAAGAGUGGAAACAUAUUUUUGUUCCAUAUAUUUAUUGAAAAUGUAUUUAUCUAUUUAUUUAUUUGUGACAUGUUUGUUAUUUCAUGAACAGAAAAGCAGGGGUUGGUUGAAGACAGCGAAAUGCCACUUUCAAGAUGUCUGACACUGCAGAGCAAACCAGCUUUCCCUCAGAAAACUGAAAAACAACUCCUCUCCUUUUUCCCUUAACAUUCUGAAAAUUGAUGCUGCAAAAGUACCUUCCAGCUUUAUAUUGUGUGUUUAGUUUUUAUGUUCACUGUUAGCUACCAUAGGUGUUCACAUUUUACGACGCUAGACAUAAAUUCCACACACACACACACACACACACACAGUGAGAUAAGCUUCAUGUGGAGGACUUUUUGCGUUAGAACAAAAGGCUCGAACCACCGGAUAUUCAUCAGUGCUGAGUCAUUCGCUCCUUCAGGCAUUUGUUCAGUUCAUUUAGUGUGUUCCUUCAUUCAGGUGUUAUUCAGGUUAUCGGCACCUGAGGCAAAAGAGAGCAGCAUGCAAAGCUGCUGGAAUGUUACAGACUUAGUUCAAAGAUGUCUGUGUGUACGAAAGACACACACACACACACACACACACACACACAGGCCUUUCAAAUUAGAAGUCUUUUUUAGCCAGGCUAGUGACGUGGCUCUAUGGAUGGCAAUGCCGGUUUGUCGGUUGAUCCACCACUUCGGUGCAGACUGAAAUAUCUCAACAACCACUGGAUAGAUUGCCAGGAAAUUUUACAGACACUCACGAUCCCCACAGAAUGAACCCUAAUGACUUUGGUGAUCCUCUGAGUUUUCAUUUAGCGCCACCAGUUGGUCACGUUUUCACUCAUCCACUGAAAUAUAUCAACAUCUACCACAUGGACUGGCACCAAAUUUUGUUCAGAUGAUGUAUACUAUCAUUCUGACUAUGGUGAGCCCCUGACUUGUCAUCUGGCGCCAUCAUCAGGUCAAAAUUCUAAUUUGUCCAAUACUUAGGUUUAUGACCAAAUACCUGCAAAACUUUGUGUUUAGAGCAAACUAGCAAAUGUUAGCAUGCUAACAAGUAAAACUAAGAAGGUGAACAUGGCAUUGACAUUAUACCUGCUUAACAUCAGCAUGUUAGCAUUGUCUUUGUGAGCACGUUAGCAUGCCGAAGUUGGCAUUUAGCUCAAACCACCACUAGCCUUACAGAGCAGCUAGCGUGGCUGUAGACUUUCAGUCUUGUUCAGAAUGCAAAAAAAUUCAUGAACAGUUACUGCAAACACAAAUGUAUUUUCUUAUCAUAUCCGUGCCCUGUGAAACCCUUCAUUCAUGCAAACCAGCACUCCACUGAAACCAUUACACAUCUCUCCACACACUCUGCACACAUAACUGAAACAGCUGAACAACAUUCAUUUGCAGUUCUGUACUUUUUUAGUCUUUCACAAAUUCCUGGAAACCUGGAAAAGGUGGUUAGCAAUUGUAAUUCAACAUCCCAGAAUAUAUAUAUAUAUAUAUAAGCUUUGGGAAAAACUAUUUCCCAGUUCUCCUUGACAGUUCUGCACUUUUAAGUGGCACAGCACCCUCAAUGGACAUAAUCAAGACAGAUUUUCAGUCUCAGUCUGCGCUGGUUUCACAGUAGAUUUAAAUGUGUGACCCCCCCCCCUCCCUCCUCAUGUAAUCACAGGCUUUCUUUUCCCAUCCUGGCGCUCAACGUGGCCCCCUUAGAGGAAUCCAGCAGUGAGGUGCGAACACAUCUGAAAGGUCAAAGGUCAGGGAGGUUUAAACCUACACACUCACACACACAAAAGAGAGUGUUAUGUCAUAGUCUCUUCUUCUUCUUUUUUUUUUUUUUUUUACACACAAGGUCAGAGUCAAGUUCACCUUACAUCCACUUUCAGAAAGAAAGAAAGAAGCUAGUUAAAGGACAGAAGCGGGAAGAGCAAAAGCAGAAAGAAAGGCAAAAAAAAAAGGCUGCUCAGCGUUUUGCUCUACUCUGAGCAAACUGCAUCAAAUUCCAUUCAAAGACACCACGAGACCCUCGGCGACUCCCGCGCUCGCAAAACUCUCUUAUUGAAAGAAAUCUCACCCCUCCUCAAUCCUCCAUUAACUGCCCCGCCCCCAUCCCCAUUCACUUUACAUUUUCUUCACCCCCCCAUUCCUCCUCUUUGUACUGUAUCUCUUUAAUCCUCCACGCCCAUCCUUGUCCCAACUGCACAUAUCUCACCCCCUUAUAUAAUCAUCCCCUCCUCCCCCUUGUAUACACUGUAUACUUCAACGCAGAUGCUGUAUACAUUUGUAUACGCUGUAUGCCUGUCUCUGUCUCCAUUGUAUGCCAUCCAUAUCUAUGUAGCAUUCACUAUCUUUUAUCGACACUGUAGUCACCGUACAACUCUUCCUCUCAUCAUUAUUGCUCAUUCUUCUUCUGCAGUUAGAAUUGUACGACUAUAAUCUCUUGUCUCCCGCCCGUAUUCCCCUCCACCACCACCCCCACCCCGCCACACCCCACCCAUGACCCCCUGUCAGAAAAAAACUCAAGAGAGAGAGAGAGAGAGGAGGAGGAGGUGUGUGGGGGAGGGUGGGUCGAGAAAACUGCAAUCACAGUUGAUGAUGAUGAUGAGACAACUAUGAAGAGAAAUGUCUGUAGUAUAAUUACAAAAAAGGAAAAGUGCACUAUUAUGACAAUGAUUAUUAUUGCCUGUGAGAAAUACUGACCAAUAAACAACAAUGGAAAUAUA